GACAGCUGAGCCUCCUGUCUCUCCUCUCCCCAGCCCCUACAAUCUGCUGAUUUCCCUGCAACUCAAGCCCAAGACCUGCAAAUCCUUUGGCCUGAGGAGAGGGUGGCAGAGCGUCCUAGGAGCCAGAAGGGAAGGAGAGGGCAGGGGCCCCCUGCCCUCUGCCCUCUCGGAGACCAUGGCGGGCCCGCUCCGACCCUCCUGGAUCCUCCCCCUCGUCCUGGCUGGCCUCAUCCAGCCAAAUCAGGGACAGGACAGGGAGAAGACGGACUGCUACAGUGGGGUGAGCGGCACGGUCUACGAGUACGGGGCACUGACCAUCAAUGGAGAAGAGUACAUCCCUUUCAAGCAGUACAUGGGGAAACCAAUCCUCUUUGUCAACGUAGCCACCUACUGAGGGUUGACCUUGCAGUACCUAGAACUGAAUGCACUACAAGAAGAACUGAAGGCUUAUGGACUUGUCAUCCUGGGCUUUCCCUGCAACCAAUUUGGCAAACAGGAACCUGGGGAUAACUCCGAGAUCCUCCCAGGCCUGAAACAUGUCCGGCCUGGAGGGGGCUUUGUCCCGAAUUUCCUGCUCUUUGAGAAAGGGGAUGUGAAUGGUGACAAAGAACAGAAGGUUUUCACGUUCCUGAAGAAUUCCUGUCCUCCUCCAGCUGAGCUCCUGGGUGACCCCUCUCGCCUCUUCUGGUCUCCCAUGAAGACCCAUGACAUCCGAUGGAACUUUGAGAAGUUCCUGGUGGGGCCGGAUGGGGUCCCUGUCAUGCGUUGGUACCACCGGGCCACCGUGAGCACGGUCAAGGCGGACAUUGUGAGAUAUCUCAGGAAAUUAAACAACGAGCAGGUGGAGGAGGAAGGACGAUGGAAGAAGUAGAUGCGAGGGACUCCAGCCAGGGGAGAGAGCUCCAAGCCAAAUUAUCCCUUCCUUCCCCUCCCCUCAUCCUGCCCCUCAAUAAUCCACUCUGCAACAUGGCUGUGGACAGGGGAGGGGGUGUGUGUGCAGACAUUGUUAGCCCACCGGAAUGUCUGUGAAGACACCACCCGCCCGCCUGCUUCAGCUCCCAAGUCCAUGCUCCUUUUCCCAAUCUGGUCCAGUCCCAGUUUUUCUCAUGAUCUCCUCUCAGACUCCCCAUUCCCUCAAUCCCAUUUCUGUUUAGAGCUCGCAUUGACCUGUAUCAGCAGAAGCCCUAGUCCGUGGGCAUCUCUCUUGCUCUUCCCUACCACCCUCCAACCUGGACCAGAGGUGAUCCUUAGGUUCCAAAUUCAAGCCCCCUUCUUCCCCCAGAAUGCCCAAACCCUUCCUUAAUGUGAAGCUGGUGGACCCCAGCAAUGGCACUUCGGACAGAGCUGAUCCUGGGCCCACCCAUCAUUCUCUUUCCCCACCAGAGGCUGGGGUGGGUGUGUGUGUGAGUGUGGGACCUCAAGGCUGGCGCUCUCUUCUCUGCUGAACCAUCCUCCCUCUUUGCUCCUCCCCGCACUCUGGAUAUCCUGACCCUCAGGGCAGAAGCUGGGCAUGAGAGCAGGGAGUGUGUCCCAGAAUGGGGAGGUGGCAUCAUCAUGACAGCGGGGUCUGAAAGCCCCUCCUGGAUGGACCCCGCCCGAACCUGCUCGGCGGUGGCAUGACCCUUUAGUGCAUUCAGGCCGUGCCCCUGGUCCGAGCAGGGAUGUCGCCCCCCCCACCCACCUAGAGACACACCCCUCUCCUCUCUUGCCAGUUGCUUGCUCGUAGCUUUGUCCCCAUCCAGGCCCAAAAUAAAGAUCUCUCUGCAUUACCUGGG